ACCUUCGAUAUCUCCCACGCCCAGCUCGUCUCGUCACUAAAUCGAGUCGACAUUUCAGUCUCUCAUUAGCAUUUCGCGAACGGGCUCCUGCUCCCCCCAACCCAGUAGCACCACGAGCCUCCGCACCCUCGCGCAGCAACUCAAACCUCCCAGUCCUCCCACUCAUAGCCAUUUUUUGCCUAGGCACCGGCUCCUUCUACUUCCUCACAAAGUCCCGCGCCGGUCAAACUCCAACUCACACCUACGAACUUCCCGAACGAAAUCCCGGUCGAGAGCAGUGGCCCAAGACACCAAGGAAAGAGUAGUCAAACAUCACACACCCUACUGAAGUGACAUCAUGGCACCGAUUGAGGUUCCCGGCUUCGACCGUACCUCCCCUCUCUUCAAGUCUGGCACCAACGCCCCAGACGAAGCCCUCGUGCUCUUCGUCCUCGGUGGUCCAGGCGCAGGCAAAGGAACCCAAUGCGCCAACCUAGUCCGAGAUUACGGCUUCAAACAUCUCAGCGCCGGCGACCUCCUCCGCGAAGAACAAAACCGACCCGGCUCCGACUACGGAGAAAUGAUCUCAACUUACAUAAAAGAAGGACAAAUCGUGCCGCAAGAAGUCACGAUCAAGCUCCUAGAAAACAGCAUGGUAUCAGAAAUCGAGAAGAGCGGGAACCGGAAAUUUUUGAUUGAUGGAUUCCCGAGGAAAAUGGAUCAGGCGAUUAAAUUUGAGGAGAUUGUCGUGCCGAGCAAGUUCACACUCUUCUUUGAUUGCCCUGAGGAGACGAUGAGGGAGAGGCUGUUGAAUCGGGGAAAGACGAGUGGGAGGGCAGAUGAUAACGAGGAGAGUAUUAAGAAGAGGUUUAGGACAUUUGUGGAGACUAGUAUGCCUGUUGUCGAGUAUUUUGAAAAAGAGGGUCGGGUGGUGAAGGUUGAUGCGAGACCUGAGCCCGACAAGGUUUAUGAGAGUGUGAAGGAGCAGCUGGCGGGGAGGGGAUUAAAGCCGACGAGUUCAUGAGUUGGCGAUGUAAUGGAGUAGUAGAGGAGGCUUGCGCUGAUGAUAGAUCGAAAAUGAUACACGAAUCACUCC